AUGUCAGAAAGACAAAUAGCAAAGUAUUAUGAGCAGAUCGGUAUGGUGGGAAUGGGCAGCAUGGGCUCCAUGAUGUCCCUUCUCUUUGCCGAAAAAGGCUGCAAAGUCUACUACUACGACAUUAGUGAAUACAAUAUGAAAGCAGCUGAGAAAAUGGUCAAGAACGUCAACGAAGAAACUCGAGUCUUUCGACAACACAGCUAUCAACAACUCUGCGAAGAGAUCUACUCCGAGAACCACCCACGCAUCAUCAUCUUCAGUAUUCCUCAUGGAAAUCCCGGCGAUGAAUGUGUCAAGGCUCUGCGGCCGUAUAUGACGAAGGGGGAUAUCAUUCUCGAUUGUUCAAACGAGUUCUAUGGCAACACGGAACGACGACAAGCGGAUCUUGCAAAAGAUGGCAUGUUUUAUGUCGGAUGUGGCGUCUCAGGCGGUUAUCAGAGCGCACGAGCCGGUCCGUCAAUGUCACCAGGCGGCGACCCCCAAGCCCUCGAAAUCAUCAUGCCCCUUCUCAGGAGAGUCGCAGCAAAAGAUCACGAUGGUAUACCAUGUACCUGCCCAAUUGGUCCAGGCGGUUCAGGCCAUUAUGUCAAGAUGAUCCACAACGGAAUCGAACAAGGCAUGAUGUCAGUUAUCUCCGAAGUUUGGUACAUCCUCACCAAGGGUCUUCAGCUCAGCUAUGAGGAAGCAGCUGGCGUUUUUGAGCAGUGGAACCAAACAAAAGAAUUGUAUAAUACGUUUCUGAUCUAUAUAGCCGUUGAUAUCAACAGGAUCAAGGAUGAGGAGGGACGAUAUGUUCUGGGGAGGGUUCAGGAUAAGGUGGUGCAGGAUGUUGAUAACACUGAAGGGACGGGGACAUGGUCUUGCGAAGAGGCGGUGAGACUUCACGUCCCUGCCGCGAAUAUUGUCAGUGCGCAUUUGUUCAGGUGUACUUCUGCGGAAUUGGAUCAGCGCGCUGCUGAUGCUGAGGCCUCUGGACGUCGGCAGUCCUCAGCGAUGAAAGUCCCUUCGAGAGAUGAGUUUAUCGAAGAUCUCCGAAAGGCGACAUACUUCUGUCUAUUGCUGUGCUUCACGCAGGGUCUGCAGAUCAUUCGUGAAAUGGAUCAGCAGCGCGAAUGGCACAUCAACUACCAAGACCUACUACACGUCUGGAGCGCCGGGUCAAUCAUUCAAGCAGGAGGUAUCAUGGACCUUCUUCACAAACGAUGCAUCAUCACAGCGUUGGAGUCCGACAUGGUCAUCCCCGCCAUGAGCCAAAGUCUAGAAUACUACAAGUAUUCAACUUCUGUGGAUCUGCCCACUCAAUUGACAGAAGCAGAACUGGAUUACUUUGGCAAUCACAAGUUCGAUCUGAAGGAGGACCAUAGAGGUGAACCAAGCAAGGGAAAACACCACUUCGAAUGGAAGCCAGCGAAAGGCGAAUCCGACAAGUCGCGGCUUUGAAGAUCUUAGAAUAGCCUUAAACAGCGAGAAGUCUUCUGACGUGGAACCAGGGUGCCAAGAUCAACUAGUCUAAAGGCUUGAUAAGUUAUGCUAAACUUACGGAAGUCUGUUCAUCACUUAGAAAGGAGGUCCCAAGCUUUCUUACCUCCCCUUCAAUAGUCCCCGAAUAGUCUCCGUAAUACAAUAAGCACUUACAAU